AGCUGUCAUCCUUUUCGCAGAACGUGUCUGUUUUUUUCACUUUUCUGGUACAAUUGCGAAUUGUGAUUAAUUGUGAAAUAAUUUGCUUUCUAAUUAAAUUUAAGAAAAAUUUAAUAGGUUUCAUACGAAGAAAAUUAGUGGAACAUUUAGCAAAGUCAAAAUGUCAGCAUAUACAUGCAUAAAUUGCUGCGUAAAAUUCCCUUCAGCGGAUAUGCAGAGAGACCAUUACAAAACUGACUGGCAUCGGUACAAUCUGAAACGUCGUGUUGCUGAAUUGCCACCAGUUACCGCAGAAGCCUUCCAAGAACGCGUGCUGCGUAUUCGUCAGGAGGAGGCAAUAGAAAAGGAGGAGAGUCAAAUGAGCUUCUAUUGCAACGCAUGCCGCAAGCAGUUUGGCAACCAGAAGGCGCACGACAAUCACCUGCAUAGCAAGAAACACAAAGAUAAUCUAUUGCUCUUCGAACGUGAGCACAAGGAUGAGGAAGUGGAAGUCACCAAAAAGAGCGUUGUGCAGCAGAAACCACACCCAGCGUUAGCUGCAGCAGCAGAAGGCAAGGGUCGAUUUGCAUUGCAGCGUCAGCAGGAGAAGGAACAAAAGGAUGAUGAAUACGAAGAUAUGGAUGACGAUGAAGACUUUGAGGAUGUGGAAGUUGAAGAGACUGAACAGUUUGACUCAGACGAGUGGGAGAAGUUGCCCGACAAUCCGUUGACCGAAAAAGAUUGCCUGUUCUGCACGCACGUCAGCGAAGAUAUGGUUGAGAAUCUAAAACACAUGUCCAUCGCACACUCCUUCUUCAUUCCCGACACAGAAUUUUGUACUGACUUGGAAGGUUUACUCUACUAUCUGGGCGAAAAAGUGGCCAACUACUUUAUUUGCCUUUGGUGCAACGAUCGCGGCAAGACAUUCUACUCAUUAGAUGCUGUACGUAAACAUAUGGUUGACAAAGGACACUGCCAAUUGCUGCAUGAGGGUUUGGCAUUAGCCGAAUAUGCAGAUUACUAUGAUUAUAGCUCCAGUUAUCCCGAUCAUCAAGAGGGUAUGGACGUCGACGAAGAAGUUGUUCCUGAUCUGCUUGAUGGCGAUGAGUACCAACUGGUUUUGCCUUCCGGCGCUGUAAUCGGUCAUCGCUCACUGCUACGCUACUAUAAACAGCGCCUUAAUCCGAGCCGUGCUCUUGUACCCAAAAAAUCAGAUCGUCGCUUGCAUAAGGUGCUCAGCGAAUAUCGUGCGUUGGGCUGGAGUAAUAUGCAACAACAGGCGGCCGCACGUAAGGCGCGUGAUUUGCAUGUCAUGAAGCGCGUGCAGGCCAAAUGGCAAAUGAAGCUUGGCUGCAGGGCGAAUAAGCUGCAGAAACAUUAUCGUGCACAAGUCCUGUUCUAAGUGGAGUGAAACAAUUUUCGAUUUGUAAUUAAAAUUUUUACUUGCUGCUCCUUUUUGUGCUCGCAUGAUACUUUUUCUUACACUUACUAGUUCUAAAAAUUAUGAAUUACUGAUAAGCUUGUCGAACGACAGAUAAGGAAAUAAAUUAUUGAUUGAAAAUCCAGGCUUGGAACAUGAUACAAUAA